UUGGGGGGGCGGGGGAGGCCCGCGGGCGCGGGGAGAUGUGGCCCGGGGGAGCCGGACCGGGAGAGGAGUGACCGGUCGGACUUGGAGGAGCGGAGCCUUCCCCGAGGACGGGACCGGCCCGGGGCUCCGGAGAAGUCGCCCGUCGUCGCCGCUCCGGGCGCGGCCGCUGAGGAAUUCCGAGCCGCAGGCCCGGGCGGAGUCGGAGACGGGCCAUGGAGCUGCGGUCGGAGCUGCCCGGCGCGCCUCCGGCCGGCCCCGCCGUGGCCCCGGUGGCGUCGGUGGCGUCGGUGGCGUCGGUGGCGGCGGCGGCGGCGGCGGCGGCCCUGCCGGUCAGCGUGGCGGGCGGGCUGCUGCGGGGGCCGCCGCUGCUGCUGCGGGCGGCCGAGAAGUACCCGCGGACGCCCAAGUGCGCCCGGUGCCGCAACCACGGCGUCGUGUCGGCGCUGAAGGGCCACAAGCGCUACUGCCGCUGGAAGGACUGUCUCUGCGCCAAGUGCACCCUCAUCGCCGAGCGCCAGCGGGUCAUGGCCGCCCAGGUGGCCCUCCGCCGCCAGCAGGCCCAGGAGGAGAGCGAGGCCCGGGAGCUGCAGCUGCUCUACGGCACGGCCGAGGGCCUGGCCCUGGCCGCCGCCAACGGCAUCCUCCCGCCGCGCCCCGCCUACGAGGUCUUCGGCUCCGUGUGCGCCGACGGCGCCGCCCCCUCCGGACCCCCGGCCGCAGGACCAGGUGACCGCCGACCGGGGGGAGGGGGCGGGGGGGGACGCGCGGUCGGGGAGAGGGAGUCCAAGCUGCAGAAGUUCGACCUGUUCCCCAAGACGCUGCUGGCGGGCCCGGGUGGGGCGGGCAGCCCCCCGCCGUUGGGCCCGAAGCCCCCGAGCCCGGGCGGGGAGGAUUCGGCGCGGGGCCCGUCGUCGCCCGAGGGCCGGGCCGGGUCGGGCUCGGAGGCCGGGGACGGGGCGGGGGACGCGGGGGACGCGGCGGGGGCUUUCCCGGCCUCGAGGCCGGAGGCGGCGGCGGCGGCGGCGGGGCCGGUCCCGGGGGGCGCGGACAGCCCGGCCCCCUCGGCGGCCUCGGCCUCGUCCUCUUCGCCCUCCUCGUCGUCCGCGCUGGGCUGCGACUCGGGCUCCGAGGCCGACAGGGACGAGCCGGCGGCGGCGGCGGCGGCCGGCGAGGCGGGGGCGGCGGGGGCGGCGGGGGUCCCCCCGCGGCAGCGGACCCCGCUGGACGUGCUGACCCGCGUCUUCCCGGGCCACCGGCGCGGCGUGCUGGAGCUGGUGCUGCAGGGCUGCGGCGGGGACGUGGUCCAGGCCAUAGAGCAGGUGCUCAGCCCCCACCGCGGCGCGGGGCCCGGCCCGGACAAGGGCGCCGAGGACAGCUGGCGAGGGGCCGGGGCCGGCGCGCCCGGGCCCCCGCAGGCCGGGCCGGGCCCGGCGGCGCCGCCGCCCCCGCGGCCCUUGCCGGCCGGAGCCGUGCCCCCGGCCAUCGGGGCGCUGGGCAGCCGCUCGGCCUUCUCGCCGCUGCAGCCCAACGCCACCCACUUCGGGGCCGAGGCCGGGGCCUACCCGCUGGGCGCGCCCCUGGGGCUCAGCCCCCUGCGCCUCGCCUACUCGGCGGCCCACGGCCGGGGACUGGCCUUCAUGGCGCCCUACUCGACGGCCGGCCUGGUGCCCGCGCUGGGCUUCCGCCCGCACGUGGACUACACUUUCAGCGACCUCAUGCGGGACCGCUCCGGGGGGCCCAAGGAGCCGGCCUACGGCAACGGCCUCUACGGGCCCCUGGUCAACCACAACCCCGAGAAGCAAUAGGGGAGG